AUGGCUGCCGCGGGCCGGAGAACACGGCCUGUGACACUGCCGGCGGCAGCCCUGCCCGGGUCACCGUCACUUUCACCGCAGCCAGCAGCCCCCGCCCGAGGGAAGCCUAGGAAAUGUCUGGUGUAUCCGCCUCCACCGAAGAGCUCCCGCCUGUCCCGCUCGGUCCUGCGCUGGCUCCAGGGCCUGGAUCUCACCUUCUUCCCCAGGAACGUCAGCAGGGAUUUUUCCAAUGGUUUCCUGAUUGCAGAAAUAUUCACUGCCUACUACCCCAGGGAGCUUAAACUGUCAUCUUUUGAAAACGGAACUUCUUUGAAGGUCAAGUUGGAUAACUGGGCUCAGUUGGAGAAGUUCCUGGCAAGAAAAAAAUUUAAACUACCUAAAGAGCUAAUCCACGGGACAAUUCACUGCAAAGCCGGAGUACCAGAAAUCCUGGUCCAAGAGGUUUAUACUUUGUUAACACAUAGAGAAAUUAAAAGUAUCCAGGACGACCUCGUGAAUUUCACAGACUACAGUUACCAGAUGCGUUUGCCCCUGGUUUCCAGGUCGACAGCUUCAAAGUUGAUUAAAGAUAACAUUAGGUUGUCAGAAUUAAUAAGCAAUCCCAACAUGCUCAGCAACGAGCUUAAAGUAGAGUUCCUCCUACUUUUACAGAUGUUGCAAAGAAAAUUAAGCAGAAAGUUGAAUCCAAAAUGGUUUGAGGUCAAACCAACAGUGGGAGAAAUUACUCUUGAUCAUCUUCCCAAACAAGUCUCCAGGUGCAAAUAUAAUUCCCCGAUUUCAAGGGAAAGAGUUGCUCCUGUUUUAAGAAAUACAGGUACUGGCGGCAAUCCACUUAAAGAAAUUUCUGUGAAGCAAGCUGGAAAAUGUUCUUUUGAAUCUAUGAAAUCUAUCAGAAACAAGGAAAAGUAA